GUUGCGGGUGGUAAGUAGGUUCCGGAUACCUCUUCCUGUGCCUCGUGUCCCACGGAUGGUAUACACACACUGCCGAAGACAAGCAAGAGCGCAGUAGCCUUCUCUCUUGAAGACGGCUGCAUGGAGAGAUAUCACAGAAUAACUGACUCAACGCUCAACGCAUUUCCUGUAUUCUUCUGCGAUAGGUAUCGCCUUGUGUAUGUCCCUCAGCAACUAGAACUACAGUGUCUUCUGCCCCUCUCCUCCACUACGGAUGGACACUGCAUUUUCCAAGAUGGCCGAAAAGUGGGCACUGCUGCUGCUACUCCUAUCUCUGGUCAGCCCUCUUCUGUCAGGGCGUCGGCCCACUCAGGGACAACCUGGUGAUUUUCCACAAGGUGAUCUUCUCUCGAGUAACGAGGCGGCUCAACCAACCGUUUCCCCAGCGACUCGUCUUAUUCAGGACAGUCAAAAUGACACCUUUACAACAGUGGCCACGCGUGGACUGGACAGUGUCACUCAUGCUGAAGAAACCACCACUGAAACAGAGACCAUAGAAACGACGACAGAAAACUAUGAUGAAGCCACCGCUGAAACAGAGACCAUGGAAACGACGACAGAAAACUAUGAAGAUUCGGCGACGGACCAGGAUAGCGUUCAUGUUACUGGAAGCCUACCAACCACAAGUGGACAGAGUACAACUUCCAGUGAAGCGGAAACCACAGACAUCAGAAAUGAUGAGGUAACGGCUCAAAGCUCCGCCCUAUCCUGGCAUGAGACGUCCACAGCCUCCGUGACGACAAGCGACUCUGCAGAGACCUCCGAUACACCGACUGAGAACUUCAUCGCCAUGAAGGCCAGAGCUGAGACCGCCCUUCCUGCCGUUACCAGAGAAACCUCAACCCAACACCCUGAGCCCCCCACGUCAAACUCUGCGAGCAGCACCCAACACCCUGAGCCCUCCAUGUCAAGCCCUGCGAACAGCACCCAACACCCUGAGCCCCCCACGUCAAACCCUGCGAACAGCACCAACUCCACCACGAGAGCCCCGCCAGCCUCCGUGUACCCUGGGGGAAAGCCCCAGGUCCCCGAUCCGGCCGUGACCAAGCCGGCGCCCACGAAGGGCAGCCGAGCUCCGGCAGACAAGGGCGGCCUCCCGUGCGUGACGCCCAAGUCGAGGAAGGACGGGCUGGUCGGCCAGUGCCUGAUCGCCAUCGUCACUCUGGCGGGAGUGGCCACCGUCUUCAUCGUGAGCACCACCGUGCUCUGCACCAAGCUCUCCGCCAGGAAGUACCGGUACCGGAUGAGGCAGUCCAGCGGCACCGAGAUGACCUGCAUCUCCGCCCUGCUCCCCGACGGCAACGGGGCGCACGGGAGGCCCCGCACCCCGAAGAGCAACGGGGCGCUGCUCCCCAACCUGGAGGACGGCGAGGGCGACGACCUCACGCUUCACAGCUUCCUGCCGGAGAUGGAGCGGGGCUCCUAACCGGCUCCGCCCACGCCUACGCACACCCUCCUACACAGACGCUCUGCCACAACCCCAUAUCGUCUACCAUUUUGGUAAAUGGUAAAGGGUAAAUGGUUGGCAUUUAUAUAGCGCCUUUAUCCAAAGCGCUGUACAAUUGACACUUCCCAUUCACCCAUUCAUACACACACCAAUCAAUUGGCCGUCACGCAAGGUACCAACCAGCUCGUCAGGAGCGUUUUUGGGGGUUAGGUGUCAAGGACACUUCAGCACAUCCAGGAUGGGAUCGAACCAGCAACCCUCCUACUGCCAGACAAAUGCUCUUACCACCUGAUCCAAUGUCCCCCCCCCCGGAACCUACAGCCUUGGAAUACGUAAAUUGUUCUCACUGAUUUCGUAAGCAGUGUAGACAGCUGUCACGCUUAGGUCCACGGAAGUGAGAGCUAGAUUCAACGUUACUAGCGCAAGUACGGAAACUGAGUUUGCAGUUAACAGAAACUGCUCUUAUCUAAUGCAGCCAGGGUAGCGGUGAAAGUGGUUGCGGUGGGAGACUGGUUCAGCUUACAGAAGAAUCUGGAACUGAACGCGGACUGAAUAUGAGACUCUGCUGCUUGAACGAAGGGCCUCUCACUCUGUGACACGGCUUUCCCACAAAUGUGCAGCCCUGCUUGUUUAUGUGCUUAGUGUUUGUGCUGUCAAAGGGGGGCGCGUACCGUGCUUUGCUCUUUGCUGACUGCACUCUGUCUGGAACUGAACUGGUUAAUAAUUCAACAAGAAAAGAUUGAGAAAAGAUGAGGGAAAAAUUCAGCAUCUUGGAUGUGUGUGCGUGUAAUUUUCCGUCUGAGUCAUUGGCUCUCGGAAUUGCUCUGCCUGGCAGCGGGUGGGUGUAGUAACACGGCAAAAGUAGUAUGAUUUUCCACAGAAAAACAACAACAUCCGUCAGGCCUCUAUGUACUGUCUAUGAUCACUGUCCUCCUGACAGGCAAUCAAAGGAGCACUGUGUACCGAUACAUUUUCAGUUCAAUCUGACAUUCAAAAGUAUUUUUUCACUCAAACACCCAGGCGGAAAUCAUUGUUAAGUUAUGGAAUGAUGCAUCAUUAGUUCAUUGAUGGCCAAAAUGCCAGAGGUACAGCCUUCCAGUACAUAAUUCAAUUAUCUCUUUUCCAGAAGGAAUACCCUUACAUCCCACGCCCUUUCCUCCUGCUUGAUGGGCCAGUACCACUCAGUUUCUUAGUCCUACUCCUAAGGGUACAUGUGAUAUUCCCCGGAGGUCUGUACGAUUGAAUCUCUUCGAGAGCAGACCUUAUGUCCAUGCUAGGCGAGGCAGCAGUCCACUCUGACUAAAAGCGGGACAAUAAAGAUUUCAUCUCUUCUGUGCUAGCCAAGCCAUUAUGUCCAAUGCUUGGGUUGGCAAUUGUUCACUCUGACUAAAGGCAGGACAGAGUCUGGUUUAUUACCUACAAACAGAUGGUCGUCCUCCGUACAGAUUGUUAAGCCAUGUUCUGAAUUCGUUAGCCUGUUGCUUGAGGAUAUAUUUAACUUCUCGUUUAGGUUCUUGGUGAAAGGAAACGUAUAGUGAAACUAUGUACAUUUGCAGUUACACUGCACUCAAAGUCCUUAGAGAUUUAGUUAUGUUUAGUGUUUAGUUAUUCUUGAAAAUAAUUCAUAUCUGUAUAUUAAAUUAUUUAACUUAACUAAGAUGGCGCUUAUUAAAAUGAAGAAUUACGGUUUGUGUAAUAUGCUUUUCAUCUUAGUUAACUGCGUGCAUUGUUAUCCUGUGGGGAAAACGACAAAUCAACCCAGACUAAAAACAUAUACUAAGUUACAAACCCAAUAUGUAUACGGUACUAUAAGUACAUGUAUGUAGUACAAAUUAAGAUUUGAAGAUUGAACAUUUAGGCUAAUAUUUGAAUGUUUGUUCAAAUGUAAUUGUAAUGUAAUGUAAUUACAAAUGGCACAGCACACACACACACACACACACACACACACACACACACAAAUGCAGCAUAACAGAAAAAAAACAGCUUGUUUUCACUUCAAUUUUAAGGCCAUUUUCAGUGUUUGGAGUGCCAUUGUGAUGACACAUAUAGUGCCUUUUCAGCUCACAUUGUUUACUCCCGAGAUUCAAAGUGUAAAUACUGAAGCUUCAUCAUUUACCAGUGACAUCUGCUGGCAGAACAUAACCAUGCAUGCCAUAUUAUGAAUUAAAGUUUCCGUGCAAAACA